AAAAUAUAUAUCACAUAUACAUAAGAGAAGAGAAAAAUAUAUAGAAAUCAAAAGAACAGAACAAUGUCUUCCUCUAGAGUUAUUACAGCUAUGAGAGGAGCAAUUUUGCUGCUGGCCCUUUUGGUUUUUCUUGGAAAUAUUAUGAUGUGGAUUAUUAUGCCAACCGAUACUUAUUACAACGAUUGGUUGCUUCAUAUUCUUGCCGAUACGAAUUCAACCUUCUUUGGCAUACAAGGUCCAAUAAUGUUGGAUUUCACAUUUCCCAUGUUGUUCAUUGCCGUGCUUGGCUGCUUGUAUUUGCAUUUGGGAAACAAAACAAAGAUUGUCACCACAAAAAGAUGGCAAACCAAAUUGGAUAGAGUGGGUAUAGUGACAGGGGUGACAGGGAAUUUGUGCCUCACAUUUUUGUUCUAUCCUGUUACAAGAGGUUCUUCUAUUUUGCCUAUAUUUGGACUAACAUCAGAGGGCAGUAUAAAGUACCACAUUUGGCUUGGAAAUAUGGCCAUGGCACUUUUCACAGCUCAUGGCUUUCUCUACAUUGUUUAUUGGAUCAUCACUGAUAGAUUAUCGGAGAUGUUACAAUGGGGAGACCACUAUGUAUCAAACAUAGCAGGAGAAAUCUCUUUACUCUGUGGACUAGCCUUGUGGAUCACAACUUACCCUACCAUUAGAAGGAACAUCUUUGAACUCUUCUACUACACACACCAACUAUAUGCCCUCUUCAUCAUCUUCUUCAUACUACACAUCGGCAUAGGCUUCGCCUGCAUCAUGCUCCCGGGUUUCUACCUAUUCCUCAUCGACCGAUACUUAAGGUUUUUGCAAUCGACACAGAAAGUCCGUUUAGUCUCUGCAUGUGUCCUACCGUGCGACACGCUCGAGCUCAACUUCUCCAAGAGUCGGAACCUGAAAUACAGCCCAACAAGUAGCAUCUUUGUAAAUGUGCCCUCCAUUUCUAAGCUUCAAUGGCAUCCUUUUACAAUCACAUCAAACAGUAAUUUGGAGCCAGAGAGGUUAAGCGUCGUGAUCAAAUGUGAGGGGCAGUGGACACGAAAGCUUUAUGACCUCGUCUCGUCUCCUUCAACCAUCAAUAAUCAUCUCCAAGUAUCGGUCGAAGGGCCUUAUGGGCCGGCUUCAACUAAUUUUCUCAGGCAUGACAUGCUGGUGAUGAUCAGUGGAGGCAGUGGCAUAACACCCUUCAUCUCCAUAAUCAAGGAGCUUAUCUACAUUAACACAACCCUCAAAUGCCAAACACCCAAAAUUCUACUCAUUAGUGUCUUCAAAAACUCCUCUAACCUCUCCACACUCGACCUCGUCCUCCCGAUUUUGUACCGUACGAACCCUUUCUACUUGGACCUCAAAAUCGAGGCCUACAUCACAAGGGAAAAAUGGCACCCGAAGGACGAUGAGUCCCCAGGCCCACAAACCGUGUUUUUCAAAUCCGGCCCUUCAGACAGGCCCGUUUCCCCUGUUCUUGGCCCGAACGGCUGGCUUUGGCUGGCUGCCAUAAUCUCGUCAUCCUUCGUCCUUUUCUUGGUUAUGUUGGGGAUCUUCACGCAGUACGUGGUGUACCCAGUCGACCACAACACCAACAUGCUCUACUCAUACACAAAGAAAGGCUCGAUGAACAUGUUAUUCGUAUGCUUCUCGAUUAUGACAGUGGCCAGUGGAGUUUUCUUGUGGAACAAGAAACAGAACGCAAAAGAGGCCAAAAAUAUUCAAGACUCGGAUGAAUCAUUGACCAGUCGGUCAACUGAUUCAUCAUCCGAACGUGAGGAAGAUAUCGAGAUGGAGAGCCUUCCUCUGCAAUCGGCCUUGGAGUCGUCGGUCAACGUGCAUUAUGGACAGAGGCCCGAUCUCAAGAGGAUUUUGAUGGGGAUUAAGGAACCAAGUGUUGGGGCACUUGUUAGUGGGCCAAAGAAAAUGAGAGAAGAUGUUGCAGCCAUAUGCUCAUCUGGGCUGCAGGCUGGUAAUUUGCAUUUUGAGUCCAUCAGCUUCACUUGGUGA